AUGGCUUCAAGAUUGAUUACCAGGGGAAGAAGGCACCUAUUCAACCGUCCAGAUGCUCCAGCUGGUCCCACGUUUUGCCUCUCGAUACUUGGGCAUGGGCGAUCAUCUCAGGAUUGGUACACAGGAUAUUUACAUCAGGUUUUGAGGGACAAUGUUCACGAUGCUGAUAAAGUAAAGGAGAACCAAUUGAUUUCAGCUAUCAAGGAUGAACACUGGGGUUAUGGCACAGCUAAAAUUCUGCAGCGACCUCCCGUUUGUUUUUCUACGAGCGAAAAUAUAAGUGCGAAAUUCGACAUCUCCCUGCCAUUAGGAGCAAGGUACUUUCUGCAAUCUGUGCGGACUGCGACCACAGCCACAGCAGGACAACCUGCUGCGGGGAGAGGGGAUGAAGAGAAUGAUGAUCAGAGCCAAAAGCAAUCAAAGGAGCCGUCACCUGAGGAAUGUGAUCAGGCCGUUGAAGGUCUGAGCACUGCAAAAGCUAAAGCAAAGGCUAAACAGUUGCAGGGGUCCCAGAAGGAUGCCAAAAAACCUCUACAGAGGCUCUGGGCGAGGCUUCUUGGGAUUGGGCCUGCUUUGAGAGCCAUUGCCUCAAUGAGCAGGUGUAAAUCCUUUUUUUUUUAAUUUCGAAGUGAAAAAUAUACUGGAAUGAUAUGAUGGAUGAGCCUACUUUAUUCAUUUAGCUGAUUCAGUUCUUCUUUCUUUUUUCUCAAGGGCGGACUGGGCCAAUAAACUCGCCCAUUGGAAGAAUGAAUUUAUUUCUGCUUUGCAGCAUUACUGGCUGGGCUCUAAGCUACUAUGGGCAGAUGUGAGAAUAUCCUCACGAUUAUUGUUGAAGCUUGCUGGUGGAAAGAACCUUUCUAGAAGGGAGCGACAGCAGUUGACUCGCACCACAGCGGAUAUAUUCAGGCUAGUUCCAUUCGCAGUUUUUAUCAUUGUACCAUUCAUGGAGUUCUUGUUGCCAGUUUUCCUGAAGGUUUUCCCCAACAUGUUACCAUCCACUUUUCAAGACAAGAUGAAGGAAGAGGUACUGCUAGCUAUAUUUUUAUUGUUACGUUUGGAAAGUUUUAGUUAUGAGACUUAUGUGCCUAUAUGUAGUUAAUGCCAUUCAUUAAUGGACAUCUUUAUAUUGUAUCUCCCUGAGCAAUUACAUAAGAAGCUUGGAUACGUCAAAAGUGCCUAAAUCUGGAUCGUAUGCAUAUUCAUAUGCAGCUCCUGCAAAACAAAGUAUUUUUGUUGUCCAUGUCUUAAAUAUUUUCUACCCGAGGAAAUCAUAUUUUCUGCUUCUCUCCUUCUGAAGACUUGACUACUGCCAUAUGACGCACUGGGGUUGCUUCUAUAUCCUUCAUACUUUGUUGCUUCUAUAUCCUUCAUACUUUUAAUUUAAUGCUCAACGUAUGGUUCCACGUUAACAGAGAUGCCUAUCAUUUUGCACGCAUAUGACUGAACAACAGUAUUGGUUUCCGGUGUACAUUUUCUGGUCACUGAAGAUUGAACAUAUUUACCUUUCUUCUUUCUAUUUUCUCAACAGAUGAAGUCCUUUGCCAAUCUUACUGUAUGCAUAGACGAACGUAUGGAACAUAAGUCAUUUGUGGUUAUUGAGAUCUUUCUUGUGUAAGCUGUGAAUGGUAGUAGAGACGGGAAUCUCAAAACCGUAUUAAAAUUGCUCCUUUGGUUAUUCUGUAUAAAAUUGAGUUCAGAUAUAUUUUUUUGAUAUUUAAUAUCCAAUUAAAAGAAGGGAUCUUUUUGGUGUGGAGACUGGUACGUUGGGUAUUUCAACAUUUAUCAACAACAGGAAAUGUAGCGCACACGUGAGCUAGUAAUAAUUCCUAAUUGCAUAUUAUUGCAAGUCAAUUUGUAAUUCUGGGAUUUAUAGGAUUCUAAUUCCUCUAAUUUUGUUCUAAUUUGUCAAGAGAGAAAUGUCCUUAUUCUGAUGCUGUAAAUGCAGGAAAAAAUGAAAAGGAAGCUCAACGCAAGGAUAGAAUAUGCAAAAUUUUUACAGGACACGGCUCAAGAAAUGGCCAAGGAAGUUCAGAUAUCACGUAGUGGAGAAAUAAAACAGACAGCCGAAGAUCUUGACGAAUUUUUGAACAAAGUAAACUUUUUUGUUGUAUUCGGGGUUAAAUGUGGUUCACGCUUCAGCCCAAUGUUUUUGGGUUUCUUUCUUUGAUUGAUCAAUCUUAUCAGAUGUAGUCGAUAUGUUUUGAAAUAUUUGCUUUGCCAUAGGUCCGGAGAGGGUCCCCUGUCUCUAAUGAGGAAAUUCUCGGUUUUGCAAAGCUGUUCAAUGAUGAGUUGACUCUGGACAACAUCAGCAGGUUGCAUUUUAAACACUGGUUAUAUUGCAUGUCGCUUUAUUUGCUUUUAAGAAAAUGAUACAAUCUACAUUCUGUUAUUCUUUUCAACUGCCAUUCUCAGGCCAAGGUUGGUUAACAUGUGUAAGUAUAUGGGGAUCCAGCCUUAUGGAACGGAUAAGUAUUUGCGGUACAUGCUGCGGAGAAAGCUACAAGAGUGAGUCCUCUGCUACCUGUUUCUUUUAAUGAAAGUGGAUUGUCCCAUUGUCCUUAUUUCAUGAAGUUAUAUUUUAUCACAUUCGUAUAAAGGUUAUAUAACUUGUCGGAGCUAGUUUUAUCAGUUAUAGUUAUUUCGUUGAAUGACUUGCUUAUCUUGUCUAGAAAUAAACAUUAUCACCGCUAGUCCUUGUCCGGUCAUUGUGGGGUAGCUUACGAGCCAUAUAACUGGGUGCAAAAGCUUCAUGCAUGGUUUUAUCAGUUAUAUAUAGUUUGCUGACACCCAGAAUAACUUCAGGCUCUCGGAGAAGAUUUGCAUCUGCUAGCGAUGUGAAACUCAUAUUUGCAAGUAGAUGUUUAAUACUAUGGAUGAAUAAAGUAAAAUAAAUGUUGGAGAAAUGAUGGGGUAAAAAAUGGAACAUAAUACCUGAAGGGGAAGCGAAAUUUCAAAACCCUUAAUGCUGUUCAGAAUAAAAUGGAAUCCACAGAGUGAGUAUAAUGUAAAACGGCUAAUCUCUUUCUUUCCAGCAGAAGAUUUGUUGGGGUGGUGGGGAUAGCUGAGUAAAGGUUGAUCGGUGUAAAAGAAUGGAGAUUGGGAGUGAAUUGGUCUAGUCUGUUGAAGAUAGGGAAUGCAUAAUUUAUCUUACUUUUGGUUUGCUGUCUUGGACUCUUACCAAAUGGAUAGAGGGGCUAUUCCUGGGUUGUCUUCUUUUCGUUUUUUCCUUAUUGAUUGUGGGUUUAAUUUUCUACCUCAAUAAAUAGAAAUGGAAAACUGAAGGUAAACUAUAUGACGCGCAAAUCUAAGGCGAUAUACAUGGUUUAUGGGCCUGUGGUAUCGGGCCUGUGGAUCAAGUCUUGGAUAAGAAUCUACAACGCACUAGGGCUCCCUUCAUUGAUAACGCAGGGCCCUCCUGCCGGUCUGAACAAACCAAUCUCUUAGGAAGUAGUCCCGUCAUCGUAAUAUUUCAACAGCACUAUGCUAUCAUAUGGAUAGGAACUGAGUCAGUAAACCCCUUCGGUAUUUUUUUCUUUUUUUGGGGGUAGCUCAGGGUUCUUUCCUAUAGGUGGGUUUUUGGGCUGAGGAUUAAAAUGUCUGAGCUAUUGAAUAUUUUCAAAUGAGAUGCUAACUAUUUUAUUUCAAAACGCUCCCAGGAUAAAGAAUGAUGAUAAGCUUAUCCAGGCAGAAGGUAUAGAGUCUCUGUCUGAUUCUGAGCUUAGGCAAGCUUGUAGGGAUCGGGGCUACCUCGGGCUACUUUCAAGAGAGGACAUGCGCCAACAGGUUUUUACCUCUUUUUCCUGUUAACGAUGGCUGUUAUGAUGAUCUGAUUUAAUCGAUUGGUCCCAGUACUUUCAUCCAGUUGUCCAUGUUCAUUAGAUUACCAACACGUUCGUUGAUUCUUUGGAUCAUUUGUACACUCAUUUCUUUCUUUUUGAUUUAUUAGAUAUUUAUAGAUAGCUUAGAAAGAACAGCUUGGAAACUUUGGAUACUAAACCUUAUGUUUUCAUUCAGCUGCGUGACUGGUUGGACUUAUCCCUCAAUCAUUCCAUGCCUUCUUCUCUUCUAAUUCUUUCAAGGUAUGCUAAUCUCCUUUAAUUGGUUACUUUACAAAUGUAGCUUUCUUUUUGAAAAAAACCUUAAACUUAAGCUGUCGCUUGUUCUGUCUUACUCUAGAGCGUUCACUGUUUCUGGAAAGAUAAGACCUGAGGAAGCUGUUGUAGCUACAUUAUCCUCCCUACCAGAUGAAGUAGUGGAUACUGUUGGUACCGGGCUUCCAUCUGAAGAUUCUGUUUCUGAGAGGAGAAGAAAACUGGAAUUCCUUGAAAUGCAGGAAGAGCUUAUCAAGGUCUGUGUGUUUUUUGCCAAUUCUCUCCCUUUUCCUUUGGAUGUGUUCCCGUUGUCCAUAUUAUCUGUUACCCGAGAAUUUUAAUUGAAUUAUUUGAGCCACGCUCUCUUUCAAACUCAUAAUCAGUAAAUCUCUCUCUCUCUCUCCCCCCUGUCUCAGUCUCAUAUAAAUGGCCUGGUUUUGUCUGGAGCUAGUAAAUAUUUUUUCCUGCAGAAAUUAACUGAUCUUUUGAUUGCCAUCACUUAUUUUCUCCACCCUUUUAUUUGGUGACGCCAGUGGUUCUGCAUUCACUGACUAGCAGCUUAGUGUCUACGGAAGUGUGGCUUUCCAGUUUGAAUCUAACUAAUGAAAAACAACAUAUGCAAAUAUUCAUAUUAAUUUAUUUUUCUACUUGUUAAAAAAUGGAUUCAUAAUUUGACCAUCUCGGAGUCCCGAUUGGCUAGAAAACCAAAAUCCAUCUCUGGAAAUAGGCAAUUUCAUUGACUAGUUCUCAAUGCUACACUAGUACUUUAACCAGAUUUACCUGUGCGGCUGAGGCUGUUGGGAAACUCAUUAAUGCUCCCUUUAUCGUUGCCUUUUCAGUGCCACUGUUUGACAUUCUUCCUCACAAUUGUAGAAGAUGGAGAGAUUUGUAGAAAAAGUGCAGGGUUUUUAAAUAUGUCAAAGUGUACCUACACCCAUUAAUUCAAUUUAUAGAAUCAUCCGAAAAUAUUUUUUGAACCUCACCGUCAUAAUUUUUCAUUCAUACGCAGGUUUUGUAGAGUUUACAGAUUUAUUCAUUAUCUAUUCUCUGAGGGAAGUUUGGAAUGAAUAGAGUUCUUUGACUUAGAUCAACGGAUUGAUAACUUCAUGAAUCUACAUUAUUUUUCUUCGAUCUUAAUACUUUUAUGAGAUUUGGUUUGAAACCACAGGAAGAAGAGAAGGAAAAGGAAAAGGAAGAGAAGGCAAAGAUUAAGGAACCCGUCAUCAUCCAGGAGGAUCUGGCUCUAAAAGAAAUGACUGCUCCAACCGCAAGGGAAGCUCAGGAUCUGGCUAAAGCCAAAUCUUUGGACAAGCGUGAAGAAUUCUGCAACAUCAGUCGUGCAUUGGCUGUUCUAGCAUCAGCUUCAGUAAGAUCAGAGACCCAUUUUCUAAUUACCCAAAAAAUUCUUCCCUCCUCCAUAUUCAACACUGAGAUCGCCACUCAAUGACACCACAGUCGGUCAGCAUGGAGCGGGAAGAGUUCUUGAGCCUCGUCAAUAAAGAGGUAGCCCCCUGUUUCUCUCAUCUCAUCAUUUCCCUACAUGGCGUCCUUCAUCAGCCAUUUCUUUUCCAUGAUUGGAAUCUCCGAGCUUUGAUGGCUGUCGCUCUUUGGCAGAUCGAGCUGUACAACAGCAUGGUGUCGAAGGAGGGCACUGAUGGGGAAGAGGAGGCUAAGAAGGCCUACAAGGCUGCUAGGGAGAUGAGUGACCAUGCAGCUGAGCUGGCCGCAGGAGACAGGGUCUCUUCGGCGCUCAUAGACCGGGUGAGGGAGGAUCUCUCAGUAGUCCAUUACGGCCUAUUGUUACCCUUUUCAAUAGAAAUUCAUAUGGUUUUUGUUGUUAAAUCUCCAUAUGAUAUCCUUCCUAUUAUUGCCCAUCCCAGGUCGACGCCAUGCUGCAGAAGCUCGAGAAGGAGAUUGAUGAUGUGGAUGCUGCAAUUGGCAAUCGUUGGCAGCUGCUGGACAGGUAGGCAUGUUUACGAGGGUUUAUAUUCUAGUGGAGAUCCUGCCAGGAGAUUUUAUGUUGAUGGCGGGAGAGGCCCCGUCCGGCCCGGUUUUCCUGGUUUUGGGCCUGAAAAAUCAAGCCCGGAAGGAGAAAAACGGGCCUGGUUUGGGUCAACGUGGGUUGUCCCAGAAGCCCCCAUGCCGACGUGGCUGUCUCAUAAUUACCCACGUCCCCAAUCCUCUCUCUCUCUCUCUCUCUCUCCCUGUGUCUAUCUUAUCCAUGUGUAAGUGCAUGUGGAGGUCGGGUGGGCCUUUGAACGGCAUGAGGUUAGCCCAUAGGUAUUUCAGUCGAGAGCAACGUUUGACUUUUUGGCCGUGUAGUGACCACGACGGGAAGGUGACGCCGGAAGAGGUAGCAUUCGCUGCCAUGUACCUCAAGGACACGCUGAACAAGGAAGGAGUUCAGGAGCUCAUCAGCAAUCUUUCGAAGGACAGAGGUCAACGCCUGCUUCACCCUCAUAAUUUUUUCCUCUUCUUUCCCCAUUUUAGAGAGAGAGAGAGAGAGAGAGAGAGAGAGAGGAUAGCAGUGGGGCUUGAACCACUUUUGGGUUUGUGAUUACUGCAGAGGGGAAGAUUCUUGUGGAGGACAUUGUGAAGCUCGGCAGCCAGAAGGAUGAUCCCAUUGCAGAAGCGGCUGAGAAACCGUGA